UCUCACGUCAUACACGUCACGGCAGCUUCGAUUACUUCGAUACCUCGAUCUUACAACCUGAACAUGUCCCUUAUCCGUCAAGUCCAAUUUGAAUUAUCUACCUCCUAAGGUAGCAAACGGACAGUCUAUUUAAGUUGUCAGUAUCAAUUGCAUAAUGGUCACAAUGCGCGAUGAUCGCACACACCCCCUCCUAGCGCAAGUCCCCCUAACCGUCUCCCCCUUCGUCUCGCUCCCCACGGCCGCCACACUCCCCUACACCUACAAGUCGAUGCCGUCAACGCUGCCCCCGCCCGCCAGCGGCGUAACCGGCGCCAGCGACGCCAAAGUCAAGUACGUAGUCGCGCAGUCCGGCCACGCCGCACACCCAGACGACAUCGUCGCGUCGUGCAAGGCGCUGCAGGCGCACCUCACGCGCAUGCAGCAAGACUCGGAGCGCGUGUUGCGGGACCUGCAAAACCACAUCCGCGAGCGCGAGCUCGCCGAGAAGCGCCGCGUCGCCCCGGGCUGGCUCGACAGCGACGCGCGUCUGCUGCAGCCCGAGCGCAGUAAUUACCCCGCCGAGGCUGAGGUCGCGGGCCAGUUCGCUGAGAUGAGCGUUGCGGAUGGAGGUGGCGGAGGUACGGCGGGGAUUAGCGAGAUGGCGGUUGAUCAGGGCGAGGAGCUGGAUCGCGCGUUUGGCGGCUUGAGGUGAGGUGAGGUGGGAUGGGACGAGAUGGAUGAAAAGGGAGAGUAGGCAUAUCGGGUGUUUAUGAGCGAUGCUUCAUGUCCUUGUACUAGGUGUUAUACUUAACCUCGUCUUUACAUCAAGGAUCUUGGCAUGGAGUUAAGGCAUUUGGGACAUUAACCAAUGAUUGAUAAUUAAUUAUAUUGAAAUAUUAUUAUAGUAAUCAUACAUUAAAAGUUCAAGAAUGUACCUAUGAUUAUAAGGAAACG